AUGCUGUUUUGUUUGUUUUUGCUCUCCACGCCCAUCCAGAACCGAUGGCCGGUCAUCGAGUUCUGGCAUAUUGCCGUGUUUGUUUUCUUCAUCACACUCAUUAAGGACGUUCUGUUCUACUGGAACGAUCUGAAAACCAUUUGGACCAUCACCAAAUCAUUACCAUGGAAGGUCCCGCUUUUCCUGUUUGCUAUGUUUAUCCUUGUGGAGACCGCUUCGUACUAUCAGUUCACGCUCGCCGUGGCGGACGUGUUCGCUCGGUGGAUCGCAGCGCCCGUGGUGCGUUGCGGCGAUUUUGCGAUUGCCUUUGUCUUCAAUUUCAUUACUUGCAUUGCUUGCCUCAUAUUUAACAACCUCCCUGCCACUAUCUUCAUCACGCGCGUUAUUAGCGAGAAGUCGGUGAAGGAUGUCCUGGGAGAGAAGAUGAACAUGGCCAUGUUCAGUGUGGCUGCGGGCACCAACUUUGGAGCUUGUAUUCUGCCGAACGCGUCAUUGGCGGGACUAAUGUGGUCGUCGCUGGUGAAGGACGCGAAGCUGCUCAAGCGCGUUUGGUUGAAUGGAACACUUGUUUGCCUGCUGAUGGUGAUCGUUACAUUUAGUAUCUGUUUGUUGAAUAACAAGAGAGGGAUGAAGGAUGCAUCCUCGUACGCUUCUCUGUCUUUUUUGCUCCUCAUCUUCUCCUCAAAGGUUGCUUCGCGAUCCCUAUCUCUACCAAUAUGCUGCGAUUUUAGCAUGUUUGCUGUUUUCCCCAGUUUCUCCAAUUCAUUUUUGUCUUUCAUGCUUGCUUGUUGCAGUCGACGUAUCCUUAUUCGUUCAUUUGCUUCCUCAGCAGGAAGUAAUCGUUUGAACGAUUUGCGAAACAAGCUGCAGUCUGGACCUGAUCUUGCAGAUUUUAUCGACAACGACAAAGUCAAUCCCGCGGGAUUGUCUUCUCCCGAUCCUUCAAAAAAACAAGUCCGCGCUCGCUUGCCGCCGUGGUUGAAGGCGGAGCUUCCUUCGGGAGAGAAUUAUAAGCACUUGCUCAAAACUGUCCGCGAACUUAAACUCGCAACAGUAUGCGAAGAAGCCAAAUGUCCGAACAUUGGGGAGUGCUGGGGAGGCAAGGACGGAAUAGCGACGGCCACGAUCAUGCUGAUGGGCGAUACCUGCACUCGUGCGUGCAAAUUCUGCAACACCAAAACACAUGCCCACCCCGCCCCUCUCGACCCGAACGAGCCAGAAAACGUCGCGAAAGCGGUCACCGACUGGGGUCUGAAUUACGUGGUGCUCACGAGCGUGGAUCGAGACGACCUUCCCGACUUCGGCGCUUCGCACAUCGCCAAAACCAUCCGCGAGCUCCGCCGCCUCGCCAAGAAGAAGCUGGUCAUCGAGUGCCUCACUCCCGACUUCAACGGCCGCCGCGACUGCAUCGAAGCCGUCGCCGUCUCCGGCGUUCGCGUCUACGCGCACAACAUCGAGACCGUCGAGCGUCUCAGCCCCUUCGUGCGCGACCGUCGCGCGGAUUACCGGCAGUCUCUGCGCGUGCUGGAGACCGCGAAGCAGUGCGCGCCGCCGCUGAUCACCAAGACGUCGAUCAUGCUGGGACUCGGCGAAACCCGCAGCGAAAUCGAGCAGUGCCUCCGCGAUGUCCGCAACGCGGGAAUCGACGUGAUCACGCUGGGGCAGUAUCUGCGUCCGAGCAAGAAUCAUCUGCCGGUGAAACGGUUCGUAACGCCUGAAGAAUUCGAAGAAUGGAGUCGCGUGGGGAAGGAGAUGGGCUUCCGCUAUGUGGCGAGCGGGCCGAUGAUUCGGAGCAGUUAUCGCGCUGGAGGUAGGGGAGGGAGAGAGAGUGGAGCGUAG